AUGAGGAUAAACCAAAACGUGCGCGGAAAAAAUUGUUUAAUUUCUCUGAAUCUGAAAUUAGAAGCAAUAGCCCAAGAUGCAGAACUGGAAGAAUUCAGCAAAAGUGAGCUUGAACAGCUUGGUAAUGAAUUGUUAGCUGGUUGCCAGAAAGCUCAAAGUGAAUAUGAAGAAAAAAUCAAAGAAACGAUGAAGAAACCUAUGGAAGAUGGUAAAAGGAGACAGGAUCGUGGACCAAUUUUUAAAUUUGGGAAUGUUGAUGUCUAUGUUCGACCGCUGUUGAAGAUGCAGUCAGAUCUUAUACCACUGCAUAAUCUUGUCAAGAGUGCCGGUGAUAUCAGAUUGCUACAAAUUCCGGGUUAUCCGAAGGAACAAAAAGGUUGGGAUGUUGAAUGGGAUAUCUCGGAUGAUUUAGCGCUGCUGAAAGGCAUCUAUCGAUAUGGUCUCGGCAGUUGGGAAGAAAUCAAAAUGGAUCCCGAUUAUGGUUUGGCGGAAAAAAUUUGGUUAAAGGAUAAAAGUAAGAAACCACAAAGUAAGCAUAUUCAAGCACGAGCGGAAUAUCUUUUGAAAUAUAUUGCUCGUUAUACGAAGGCCACAGAAAACAUUUCAGCAAGACUGAAACCUCUGAAGAAAAAUCACUCAUCGGUUUCAUCAACUUUAGGAAUACCGGAUAAACUAAAGGAAAGGAAAACACUCAAAGAAGAAAAGAAAGAAAAGAAGUGUAAGGGAGAACACGGAGAAGAAAAAGAUGAUGCUGAAAAGAAAGAACCAAAACUUAAGAAGGAACGAAUUGGGAUCAGUUUGGAUCAUUUAACCAUUAACAAGUCAAAGUAUAAAAAAGAUGUUGAGAACAAGAAAUCACCGCAGUUUGCAGAGUGUGUCAAAAUCAUGCGACCCGCUCAGAAGUAUAUGCGAAAACUAGUACAGUGCGAUGACCUAAGCUCAACAGAUUCACUGCGACAUUUACUCAAGAUCGGUGAUCAUAUCAAUGAACAUCUUGGGAAAAUUAGCUUAACUAAAUCACAGCUCGUCGGAAAGUGGCACUCUUAUUUAUGGAUUUUUUUAUCGUGUUUUACUCGGCAAGAACCCAGCGAUUUACUACAGCGCUAUCGUAUUGCUGCAAAAGAUCGUGCAAAUAAUAAUGAAACUGAGAUUCAUCGUAAACACCAUCGUCAUCAUCGUCAUCAUCACCAUCACGACACUAAGAAGAGUCAAGAAGAUGACAAGUUAACAACUGGUACAAGUGAAGUUCGGGAUAUUGGUACCACUGUGGUUGAACGAAAAGAUGACAGUAUUGUGACCAUAGCUGGAGUCGAUCCAAGAAUUGAUAAGAAUUCAAAACGUAUUCGUUUAAACAACAAUGGGUAUCCAGGUACGAGGCAUCAUUCGAGUAAGCCGGAGGUUCAAAAACUACAACAUUCCGUAAAACGUGGGACCGUUACCAGCGGAAAAGAUGAAAAUCGAAAAUCAGUUAUAAUAAAUGACGAUUCUGACGCUUACAAGCCAUCUGUGUCGCAACUGCAACAACCCAAUUUAUUAUAUUCGAGCCAUAAUGAGAAUGACAGCCAUAAAGAUUCAUCGUAUCGAUAUCGCGGGGAUUACGGUAGUAGUGGCAGUUUCCAUCGUACUCAUUAUAGUCACACAAGUUAUCGGGAUAGAGCAAGAGGUGGACGACACGAGCAUUAUCCUCAUAGGGAACAUCGACGAGAGCACAAUUACUAUCGGGAUAAGGGUGAUCGAACUUCAUAUUGGGAACGAAAUUACACGGACGCGUAUCGUGAUCACGGUGAUCGUGAUUAUCGGCAGGAAUUCCGCUAUGUAGCGGGUCCAUCUAGCUCUGCUGCGAAUGCGAGCUCGUCACAAUGGUCUGGAGCAUCAGCUGGCUUCUCAUCUCAUUCUGCUGCACCACUCCUGAACACUCCGGCAUCAUCGUCUACUCCAUUAUGUCAACCGCGUGGACUUUUUGAAAUCAAGCCUCUCUCAGCCGUCGUCAGUGAACCCUGUUCAUCUCAUAUGUCGUUUAUGCGGCCACCACCGAUACCACCACAUCUUGAUCGUCUUGGAACCAGUAAUCCUACUAGUAGUAAAACCGAUAGUACAACGGAUCCAAGGAGGUAG